GAUACUGCGGGGGAACCGGCAGGUCUUCGUGAAAGGGCUUCGUCACUUGGCCUCGCCUGAAGGCCUGGUCACGGCUCCAGGCCAACACCUUCAGUAGAAUUCCCAAAGACUCGCCGUUCUGACGUUCUCGUUCAUUUGAUCCAAGUCAGGACAAUGCGGGGCUCGGAUAUUGCGGCUUCGCACACACACACGCACACUGCACGAGGCUGCACGGUUCGUGCCAGUUGGCGAUGGAAUACUCGCGAUUCAUUCUUGUCUUGAGCUUCUGGCGUACUCUCAUCAUUCAUACAACGCAUUCUUACACCAGGCGACAUUAGCUGCAUAGAAGCCGACUAGCUAGGAGGCCCCACCGAACUUCAGUUACAAUCAGAGCCCAGCCCAGCCUCCAAACCAACCAAUUCAAUAUAAACACCUAAACAAAGGAAUGUCCCGUCCAACGGGGCCGUCCUCGGUCGGUGUGGCGGACCUUUCCUCUGUGGGCAUCGAGCCCGGAGUAGAGAGGCUCGCCGCGCGCCUGUUUUACCCCUGCAAAGGCUCGCUGGCGAGCUGGCUGACACCUGUGACUUGGCUGCCCCAUUUCAAUUAUGCACGUGGCUAUGUCGACUAUCUCUUCCGCUUUGUCCAGAAGCGUACUAUCAAGCACCACGCCGCACAAGCCCUGAUGACCGGGCUCUGCUUCGGACUGGGCGCCAGCCGGCCGCUGCCAGUGCACUACCAGGCUGAGGUGGAGCCAGGAAGUCGGCAGUUCCCAAUCGUGGUAUUCUCACACGGGUUGGCGGGCACGCGCAACGCGUACAGCAGCAUCUGCAUCGAGCUCGCGUCACAGGGCUAUGUGGUGAUGGCUCUGGAGCACAGUGAUGGCAGCGCCAGUACCGCGCGCCUGCCGCGCCGGCCCGCCUCCGCCUCCUCAUCUUCCUCUUCCGUCUCCGCCGCAUCCGGCGCAAACGGAGAUAGUGGCAACGGCAGCAGUGGCGGCGGCGGCAGCCGCAGCGCAGGAUCCACGGCGCAGAGGGCAGCUAGCGGCAGCGAGUGGUGCUGGUACGGGGGCCUCGGUGACAAGCCUUUACAGCUGGAAAAGACGCGACACAGGGUGGCUGAGGUGCAGGCGGCGUAUCUGCUGCUGGAGCGUCUGAACCGGGGCCAGGCGGAGGGGGUGCGGGAGCUGCCGGCGGCGGUGGCGGCGGGCCUGCGGGGCCGGUUGGAUAUGUCGCGUGCGGCGGUGAUUGGGCACAGUUACGGCGGCGCCACAGCCGCCGGGGCGGCGUCCCAACUGCCAGUGUUCAAGGCGGCGGUGUGCCUGGACCCCUGGUGGGACUGUUUCCCGGAGGAGUGGCCAACGCUGCAGCGCUGGACCAAUGCGGCGCCCAUGAUGAUCAUCGGGAGCCACGACUGGAAUACGCCAGGCAUUGACGGCAAGCUCAAGUGCGGUGGUGAGAACCAGGAGCGGGUGCUGGCGGCGGCGGCGGCGGGCGGCGGCGGGGCGUUGCUGGUGGUGCCGCGGAACAGCAACCACGGCAGCUUUGAUGACGUCAUGCUCCUUUUUGGCAAGUCCAUGAUGCACGUGCUGGCGGUGCUGGGGCUCAAGAGCUCACUGGAACCGCGGCUGGCGCACCGAAUCAACAUGUGGUGCAUUCGCCACUUCCUGGACACGCACCUGCCGCCGGCCCCGCAAGCCCUUUUACCACAGCAGUCUGCAGCUGCAGCUGCAGCUGCUGCUGCGGCCAGUGCGGCAGCCGCCGCGCCGAUCCGGGCCGGCGAGGACCAGGCGUUCCGCAACAGCUUCGUGGGGGAGCACGCGGCCAUCCUGAGGGUGUGCCCCGCCGGCGGCGUGACGGGGGCCGCUGUGGACGGGCCCGGCGGCGGCACUGCCACGCCAGCGGCGAACGCUGCGGGCAAGGACUCGAAGUCGUGAGGAUUGGCGGGGCCGUGGAAAGGCACGCUUUAAUACCGCAUUUUGCCUUGUGCUUGCUACUGAAGAAACCACGAAGAAUUUGCAAGGGUUCGCAUGGUGACCGGAAAAAAUCCUGAAGGAACUGACUGACACAUACUGGCGCGCUGUUGACGCCACGGCGAGUGGACUGAGAGUCUGAGAUCGUGUUACAAGUGUGAGAUACUUGCCACGCAGCGUGGGCAGUGGGCAGGUGUCCCUCAUGAAUCGAUUUGGAACGGAGAUGCGUCAUGGUUGCGUAAGUAUAUAGCGGCGAAGGGUAUGAGUGCGUGAGACGACAACAUGUGCGUAGGCACGAUCGUAUGCAUCAGAGAGCUGUUGCGAGUCCAACAAACCGCCCUGCAUCCCGGUACCCUGCACCUGCCUCCAUAACGGCCACCACCCGGCACCCAGAUCAAAUAGUACUUAUAGUGGAGUCUGCAUCUCGCGGUGGGGGACGGUUUGACGGGUUUCGAUGAGGGGGGGGGGGGGUCGGCAGAUGGCGAGGGUGCUGGGCCGAGCUGCGGGCACGCGGGGGGAAGUCCGCGCGCGACCUCGCAAUUUGACAGGGCGUUGGCCCAGCUAAUAAUAUUACAUGAAUACGUAAGUACUUAGAAGCUGCGCGGGCGAACACGAGCGAUUCUGCGUCCUUUGGAUCCCAUU